AUGAAGGCAAUCCUCACGGACACUUUGGUCUUGUUUGGAGUCCGCGUCGGUUACACCGACUUCAUCAAACACUGCCUAAAUGAAGAAGAGUUUGAUAAGCACUGGGCAGACCAUCCGUUACCCAAGAUCGCAUCUCUCAACUCUGCGCGAGCCGAUAUUGCAAGUAGUCAUGAAAUUGCAAACAUGCAUGAAUUGUGUGAUUUGAAAGCUGACUGUGAUAAAGCAACCUUUAUCGUUUUGUACGGAUGGCGUGGAACACUCUCCGUAUCUGACUUCCAACGAGGACCGCCCGGAUCGAAGUGUACUCAUGGAAAGACUGAAGAAGGAUUGUGUAUUGCACCGCCAAAAACUGAAUCAAAGACAACUACUUCACCCAAAUCUAAAGUAGAGACCACUGCUCCACCCACAUCUAAAAUAGAAACGAUUGCCCCGCCCAAAUCUAAAAUAGAGACAACUGCUCCAUCCAGAUCUGACUCAGAGGCGAUUGCUCCUCCGUCCGAAAAUAAUGAUGAAGGGGUGAACUCUAUUCUUGUCUACUUGUCUAUUGCUUUCGUGUCUCUUUUUCUAUGA